GACGCCCUCAAGGGACUGUCCAAACAAAUUUCCUACUUUUUCAACUUUACGGAGGCUUAUGAAGCGCAAAAAUUUUCGUCCUUACGCACGGCUGCGGACCAUUAUCGCGUGUCUUAUUCGAAGCUUCGCGGUCGGAAAAACAAAAACGGACGGCUGUCUCUCUCCGAUCGCCCUACCACCAACAAUGCAUUAAAUUCGAAUCAAGAAAAAGCAUUGAAAAUGCUGCAAAUUGCCUGUUGA